AUGGAAGUGACCGUAAUGGACGUCUCCCAGUCUUCCCUCGGGGUUCGAACCCGGGCAAGUACCCUUGCGCUUCAACGCCAACAGAAAUCCUCCACUUCUCUGGCAACGGCAGCUACAUCUCCGACUCCGGAUUCCUCCUAUCUCCAGCUACGAAGUCGCCGGCUAGAAAAGCCUCCUGUUUUGUUGCGCCAUCAUGAUUUGAAGAGGCUGAAGCAACAGGGGAUUAUAGAGGAGGGCUGUGGGGAAAACCCUAGCCCUAAUUCCAAUUUUAGGGUUCGAUUGGGUAAGGAUGAUGACGUUGGGAGAGAAGAGAUGGUGCAAGAGACUAAUGGAAAUGAUAAUAUUAUUAAUAACAACGACAGCAAUGAUUUUGGUGGUAUUGAAGCUUCCUUUGGAGAAAAUGUUUUGGACAAUGAAGCUCGAGAAAGGAGCACUAGGGAAUCAACUCCUUGCAACUUGAUAAGGGACCCAGAGAGUAUAAGAACUCCUGGUUCUACUACUAGGCGUACCAGCUCAACAGAGACUAACCAGAUAGUACAUAAUUCAAUGCGUGGGCAACUCCCGACAGCACAUGAAAUGGAUGAGUUCUUUUCCGUUGCAGAAGAAGAACAACAACGACAGUUCAUUGAGAAGUACAACUUUGAUCCCAUGAAUGAUAAGCCGCUCCCAGGACGUUAUGAAUGGGAGAAACUGAACCCGUAG